GCAAGUCCUGUGGUGCACCAGAGAUCAUGAAUGGCGAGUUUAACGACACGACCAACGUCCUGUUUGGGGCGAGAAUAACCUACAGCUGUAACACGGGGUACCGAUUAGUUGGGAAGCCGACUGCGGAAUGUGUACUUAAAGACAAUGAAGUUUCUUGGGAUAGCGUUCCACACUGUGCCAUUAUUCCCUGUUUACCACCUCCUGUGAUUGAGAAUGGGCAGCUCAGCAGUGGGGACGGAGACUUCAUCUUUGGCAUGGCUGUAACCUACAGCUGUAACAAAGGUUUUUCUCUUAUUGGAGAUGAGACAAUUCGCUGUACGAUGGAUGAUAACUUCGAGGGAAUAUGGAGCGGUCCAGCCCCUGAAUGCAAAGUGGUCAGAUGUAAAAAUCCCAAAGUGAAAAAUGGGAGAAGGUUGUCUGGCUUUGGCACUGAGCACACGUAUAGAGAGACAGUGGUCUUUGAGUGUAAUCCUGGUCAUUUUUUGAAUGGCAGUAGCGUAGUUACUUGUGAAGCGGACAAUAGCUGGAAGCCUCCUCUGCCAACAUGUGACCCAAUCUACUGUGGUCCUGCUCCACCCUUCCCUUUCGCUGAGUUAACAAGUGCUGUGGGUGACAGCUCUCUUGCUGGAACGAAGCUGACCUAUCGGUGUAAACCGGGUUAUACUGCAGCGAGUGGAAAGUCCACUGUUGUCACUUGUCUGAAUGAUGCAACUUGGUCUGCAGACCCAGACUUCUGUAUACGCCAGCAAUGUACUCCUCCCACGAUAGAGAACGGGGAUGUGAUUGCAGACAAUUUCCUGUUUGAGACAGUUGUGACAUUCACCUGUCAUCCCGG